ACGCAGCGGUGUGUUUGUUGUGUAAGGAGGUGGGGGGGGAAGCUGGGCCGCUGUUCGUGCGUAAACAACAAAAAAAAAAAAAAAAAGAAAAGAGAGAGAAAGUGCGCGAUGGAGGAGCCCUCCGCGCCGAUGCCCUCGCCUGUGCGCGCCAUGUUAAUGUGGCUCCACUUGUGUUGCUAUAUGUGCGUGAAAAUGAGGAAUCAUCAUCACACUCCUGGAUGGUGGGAUUACUUUCAGGAGAUCACUUGAGUGGACAAAGUGUGUGUGUGAGAGGGGUUGAGAUUUUUUGGAGGGGAGAAGGACUGAGAGGAGGCGAGAGGAGCUUGCUGCGGAGUGGCACCCACACAGGAAAUGAUGGAUUAUCAACAAAGUGUAUAUGCAUUCGAGUCGCAGCAUCCGUGUGCGUGAGCGUGCGUAAAGCCCGACAGGCUCGAGCGCUUCAUUUCGAUUCACCGGGGACCCCUGCGCGCAACAAGAGCCCCCCAUGGGUGCAAUAGUGCAAGCGCAGACGGCGGUGAUUGGCCAGAGGUUGAUCAGAUGGUACACUUCCCCUCUGUAUUCAGUGGCACCUCACAACCCCCCCUUUCAGCAAAAACCAAAUCUCGGAUAAAGUAAUGGCAAAACCACUUGGACUAUAAAAGACAACAAAUCAUAUUCCUCCGGAGUAUAUACACCCCGUUGUCCACCCAAUGAGUUCCUAUUUUGUUAACUCAACUUUUCCCGUGUCUCUACCGGGAGGACAGGACUCUCUCCUGGGUCAGAUACCGUUAUAUUCCUCGGGAUACACCGACCCGUUAAGACACUACUCCAACGCGGCCACAUAUGGAGCCGCCAACAUGCAGGAGAAGGUUUACCCAGCCUCCUACUACCAGCAGACGGGCGCAGCGGCCAUCUACGGCCGGGCCGGCGGCGCGGCGCCCUGCGACUACAACCCGGUCGGGACUUUCUACAAAGACGCGGAGGGCUCGUGCGCUUUCUCGAGCCGCGACGACCAGCCGCUGUUUGUCACUCAGGAGCACCAGCAGCGCAAAGCGGAGUGCCCGGAGCAGACUGUCAGCAUGGGCAGCAGCAUCGACGACAAGUCGUCCACUCUCAUCUACCCGUGGAUGCAGAGGAUGAACGCCUGCUCCGCCGGUCCAUUUGGCAACAGUGGCCGCAGGGGCCGACAGACCUACACCCGCUACCAGACCCUGGAGCUGGAGAAGGAGUUCCACUUUAACCGCUACCUGACCAGGAGGCGCCGGAUAGAGAUCUCCCACGCGCUGUGUCUGACCGAGAGACAGAUCAAAAUCUGGUUUCAGAACCGCAGGAUGAAGUGGAAAAAGGAGAACAAACUCCUGAACCCCUCAAAGACAGCCGAGGAGGAGGAAGAGGCGGAGAAGAAGAGCUAAAGAAUAAUAAUAAUAAAAAAAGGGACACAAAGAAAGAAAGAAAGAAAGGAAGGAAGGAAGGAAGGCAUGUGUGUGUUUGUGUGCACACUCCUAAAAAUAAAAAUGAUGUAUUAUUUCUUUGUAGAUAUAAAAAGUGCUGCAAAUCACAUGUUAGAGACGUGUAGAGUGAUAGUUUUAUUUCAGUAUCUGCACGGUGAUAAUGUCCGCAUUAGGUUAAAAUCAGGUCCUCCUCUGUUUGUCUUUGUGCUUGUGCGUUUAUUUAGGGGACUAUGCAAAAAUCCGCCAAAAUGUAAAUACAUCUUUUUGUUUUUUUUCUCUUUUUAGUUUUUGGGACACUGUUGUUACCUCAUGAU